UUAUCACUUCGGGACAUAAUCCAACCAAACGAGAAAAAGUCACUUUUAAUGCCAACCCUUCAUCCAGUGAACAUGCGCCAUUUCUGCAAGCCUCCUUUGGAACCCCAGCAUCUUGGGUAUAUGGUAUUGACAGUGGACACCACCCUCAAGGUACCCAAACGGGGGACUUUCUGGGGGUUCGCACGAAAGAACAGUCAAAGGAUCCACUCGGCUCUGGUCUCAAACGACCACAUGACAUUGCUUCGUAUCGGUGACAAGGUAUGGAACAGGGAUGACUACUUGAGAAAGGUAGCUGAUAGUCAGAAAGAUGGAGGGCGCAACCCCAACUAUUUUACACUGUCUAACAUCGGCAACUUGGACAAGAUCCUAAAUACCUGCUUCGUCAACCUGGAAGUCGAGGACGUGUUGACGUCUACUGGAAUACACGCAGAGGGCCCGCUCUUCCUCCACAACGUGCUCACGUUCAAAAAUCAGCUCCGAUGGCAUCUUAACUAUGCCGCCAACGUGAUCCACAGGCAACAGGCCCUUGACCAUGCGGCACGCAUUGAGAAGAUUUUAGUGGAAGCAGUCAGAGGGCCAGAUACACAGAAGCAGAAUGCUAACCAGCAGCAAGUGACACACCUCUUCCAGAGCAAUGGUAUAGCGCAGCAGAAAAUACGGGAACGGAAUAUGCCACAACAAAGUUCAAGAUAUUCUUCAGUCAAUUCUGAGGUUUUGGAUUCAAAGGGACAUUGGGUAGAAAAACAAGAUCGUCGGCUUCCACGAAUAAACGUUGUUCCAUGCCCUUCAAACAGAAUUCAAUAUUGGCCGUAUACCGAAUUGCCGCACACAAAAAUUAACCAAAACUCGGUCACCCAUGCGAACAUGUCAAGUACACAGGGAUACGCGCAUGGAAAAAUACCAUGGAGCUCCAAGGACUUGGCAUUUGUCAGGCCUUACAAGGUCCUUCCAAGCUAUCGGCAACCUUCUAAAGCAGGAGUUUACAACAUUAACCAAAUAAGUCCUUUAACAAGCGCUUGGUCAUCAUAUGCCUGUGGACCUGUGCCGCACUUUCUGCCAAGGAGAAGGGCACCCGAGAAUUUGAAAUUCUUUUGGUAAGCCGAACGGCAGUAAUGAACUUUUUGAAAAUAUGGUAAUUAAUUUAGCAC